AUGACACUUGCAACACGAAAAGCGAGUGCUUCCGAGGUACUGAGCGUACGCAGUGCAAACAGUGAACAACAAAUGAAGAUGGAAAUAAGAGUGCUCAGUCCUGUAGUUCUUGCUGAGCGAAAGAGUCGGUCUGCGAUUGUUCGAAAGACGUUUCCAAUGGAACUUGGCCGCCAACUGGAUGUGCAGCUCAAAGUGAAACACCAACAGACUUUGCAGUCAUUAGGGCGCAAAAAAGCGAACAGUGGAGUGAUACGUCCCAGUGCAUCAUAA